GCCAAAUCCACCUCUUCCAGUCACAUGAUUCCUUCGAAAGUAUGCAGCGUCUUACCCCUGCCUUGUCUCCUCUGUCUCCUCCUUGGUGAAGUCUUUCUGUUCCCAUCAGUCACAUCCAGAGCUGCCAUCUCCGUUUCAUUCUGAUCUCACAUCCUAUAAAGGCUCCCCACCUGGCCCCCCAUCUCUGAGGCUCACAGACCUACAGACAUGGUUGACCGACCUCCAAUAAAAGUGGUGAGUGGGAUGCCCAUCCUGGGACCCUUCGCAGAAAAUUGGGAGAAUGUUCAACGUUUCCAGGCAAAAGAUGGGGACCUGCUGAUAGUUACCUUCCCAAAAUCUGGUACCACUUGGAUGAGCGAGAUUUUGGACCUAAUGAUACAUAAUGGGGAUGUUACAAAAACCCAACGGGGUGCCAUAUUUGAGCGGGUGCCCUUUCUGGAGUACGCGGCGCCUGAUAUGCCAUCAGGAACUGAGAUCCUUAAUGCAAUGGAGUCUCCACGUGUGAUCAAAUCUCAUUUACCAGUUCACCUCCUGCCAAGCAGCUUCUGGGAAAAGAAAUGCAAGAUCCUUUAUAUGGCCCGAAAUCCUAAGGAUGUGUUAGUGUCUUAUUAUCAUUUCUACCGUAUGGCCAUUCUGCACCCAGAUCCAGGGACUUUCGAAGACUUUAUACAAAUGUUCAUAGAGGGGGAAGUUGCCUUUGGGUCAUGGAGUGAUCACGUGAAGGACUGGUGGAAGAGCAGACGACAGAAGGACAUUCUCUACCUCUUCUACGAGGACAUGUUAGAGGACCCAAAAUGUGAACUCAGGAAGGUGACGAAGUUCAUAGGGAAGGAUCUAUCUGAGGACAUUUUGGAGACGAUCCAUCAGCGAACAACCUUUAAGAACAUGAAAGAAAACCAAAUGGCCAACUACAGCACCAUCCCCACUUCCAUCAUGGACCACUCCAUCUCACCCUUCAUGAGGAAAGGCAUUUGUGGUGACUGGAAGAACCAUCUCACGGUGGCUCAAAGUGAAUUACUAGAUGAAUAUUAUAAGAUGGAGAUGUCUGACACCGACCUGACCUUCCGCUUCGACAACUGAGAAGACAACCUGCAAACUCCCUCCUCCGUCUCCACCCACAUUGUACAGGGAUGGAGAUAUAUAUACAGUGAUCCCUCAACUUACAAUGGCCUCAACAUACAACAGUUUCAGCAUACAAUGGUCUUUUCUGGUCUUUUCUGGACCAUUGUAACUUGGAACCAGACUCAAAAUACAAUGCUAUGGAAUCUGCGAAACGUGUCAAUGGCUGGAAGAACCGACCAAUCAGAAUGGAUAUUUCACUCUUAAAACCCCUGUAUUACUGAAGUGUAUGCACUGACUGGUGUCUGAUAGCGCCCCCUACAGUACAGGGAGGUAUUACAUGUUCUGUACUCUUUACCUGUAUUACUGAAGUGCAUGCACUGACUUGUGUCUGGUAGCGCCCCCUACAGUACAGGGAGGUAUUACAUGUUCUGUACUCUUUACCUGUAUUACUGAAGUGUAUGCACUGACUGGUGCCUGGUAGCGCCCCCUACAGUACAGGGAGGUAUUACAUGUUCUGUACUCUUUACCUGUAUUACUGAAGUGUAUGCACUGACUGGUGUCUGGUAGCACCCCCUACA